GCGACACCUAUCGGUGGACUCGAGUUACUGCAUCUCCGUCGGCAUUGUCACAAGCGAACACUGUGACGAUUAGAGCCAACAUGGCGGAGAGCGAGAGCUUGGAGACUAUCACCGAACAUGAGCGAAUAUUACAAGAGAUCGAGAGCACGGACACGGCGUGCGUGGGGCCGACGCUACGAUCCGUUUACGAUGAUCAGCCCAACGCACACAAAAGGUUUAUGGAGAAACUUGAUGCCAGAAUACGCAACCAUGACAGAGAGAUUGAGAAAAUGUGCAACUUCCAUCAUCAGGGAUUCGUGGACGCCAUCACAGAACUGCUGAAAGUCCGAGCAGAUGCUGAGAAGCUGAUGGGCCAAGUGAGCGACACCAAUCGAAGACUUCAAGACGCCGGACGAGAGGUGACGGCCCAAACAGAGGAGGUCAUACGCUGCCGAAUUCAACAGAGGAACAUGGCCACCACGGUGGAGAAGCUGCAGCUCUGCAUUCCCGUCCUGGAAAUGUACAGCAAAUUGAAGGAGCAGCUUGAAUCGAAAAGAUACUACUCUGCAUUGAAAACAAUGGAGCAGCUAGAAAACAUUUAUAUUCCCAGAGUGAGCCAGUACAGGUUCUGCCAAAUCAUGGCUGAGACACUCCCUAAACUCAGAGAGGAGAUUAAGGAGAUCUCCAUGUCUGACCUGAAAGACUUCUUGGAGAGUAUCCGAAAGCACUCGGAUAAAAUUGGUGAAACCGCAAUGAGACAGGCUCAGCAGCACCGUACGUUUAACAGUGCGGUGCAGAAGCAGGUGACUCUGAGCUGUGCCAAACCUCUGUAUGGUCUGAACAGCCGAACACCCCUCCAUCACAACGGCCUGAGCGCAGAGGCAACAGAUGAAGAAGAGAUGGAUGAGGAGGUCCUGACGGCACAGGAUCUGGUGGAUUUUUCGCCAGUCUACCGAUGUCUUCACAUCUACACUGUUUUGGGAGACAGAGAGACAUUUGAAAAUUACUAUAGGAAGCAAAGAAAAAAGCAAGCAAGACUAGUACUGCAACCUCAGUCUAACAUGCAUGAGACCGUGGAGGGCUACAGGAAGUACUUUAAUCAGAUUGUUGGGUUCUUUGUGGUGGAGGAUCACAUAUUACACGCCACCCAAGGCCUAGUGACCAGAGCCUUCACAGACGAGCUGUGGAACAUGGCCCUGUCCAAAAUCAUUGCAGUUCUCCGCACACACUCCAGGAAAUUUGACUCAACUGAGAUUGACGACAUGCUCCGUAAAUCCACCAACCUGCUGCUGACGAGGACGCUGAGCAGCUGCUUACAAAAUCUCAUCAAAAAGCCACACAUAGGAUUAACUGAGCUAGUUCAAAUUAUCAUCAACACCACCCAUUUAGAGCACGCGUGUAAAUACCUGGAGGAUUUUAUCACCAACAUCACCAAUGUGUCCCCGGAAACAGUUCAUACCACAAGACUCUACGGGCUUUCCACCUUCAAGGACGCCAGACACGCAGCUGAAGGAGAAAUAUACACCAAACUCAACCAGAAGAUUGAUGAAUUCAUUCAGCUGGCUGAUUAUGAAUGGGGCAUGGCAGAGUCGGACGGCAGGGCCAGCGGCUACCUCAUGGACCUCAUUAACUUCCUGCGUAGCACCUUCCAGGUCUUCACGCACCUUCCGAAUAACAACAAUGAUCAUGCUGCAAUGUCGGGUAAGGUGGCGCAGACAGCGUGUAUGUCUUCCUGUAAACACCUGGCCACGUCACUGAUGCAGAUGCUGCUAGAUACUGAGCUCAAACAGAUCAGCAUGGGAGCCAUUCAGCAGUUUAACCUGGACGUUAUGCAGUGUGAACUGUUUGCCAGUUCAGAGCCCGUGCCAGGAUUCCAGGGGGACACGCUGCAGUUGGCCUUCAUUGACCUCCGACAGCUUCUAGAUCUAUUCAUGGUGUGGGACUGGUCCACGUACCUGGCAGACUAUGGCCAGCCCACCUCAAAGUACCUGCGGGUGAACCCCUCCACUGCGCUAGCACUUUUGGAGAAAGUCAACAGAGGGAUGAAAGACACAAGCAAAAAGAACAACAUCUUCUCCCAGUUCAGGAAGAACGACCGUGACAAGCAGAAAUUGAUUGAGACGGUGGUGAAGCAGCUGAGAAGUCUGGUGAAUGGAAUGUCCCAGCAUUCCUAGAGUCGUCCAAACACUGGGCUGGGUUUGAAAAUGUAACUUAGAAACGACCGUUAUGCUUCUUGCUUUGACCCCUUUUUUUCCAAAUCCAGUAACUUGCUGUAAGGUAACUACUCUUAAAGUACUGUGAUAUAUUUUGACUGCAUCCUCCAUGUCUUCUGCCAAAAUAUUCACCACUGUAGGUUAAUAAUGUAAAUAUAUGGCAAACGUGAAGAGUAAAAAAGAAAAAGUGAACAGAUGAAGUUAUGCAGUAAUUUUUUGUAAUGUAUUUUUAAAGGUUGAGAAUUAUGUUUUGUACGUUGUGAAAGUGCAAUGACUCUUAACACUACACUUGAGCUCUGGAGGUGUGUAUGUGACUGGUGAUGCUGAUGGUCAUAUUGCAACCUGUAGGAAAUUCUCCCUAGUGUAACAUGGAUGAAGUUUUUACUGUAAAUCAUUUUAAAUAUAUUUAACACUGCUAUGGAAUCAUGCUUCCCAUCGGUCUGCCUCGAGUUGAAGUGGACUCAAAUUAGGUAACUUAUAAAUGAUAAACAUUUGCAUGAGAAUGCGUCAUUUUUUCUUUUACGUUAGCAGACUUUGUUCCAACGUAUGUGCACAAACAGCACUUCUUUAUUGAAAAGAAUCUCAAAUUGUCAGCUGCAUUUCACUGAACGAUGUACAAAUGCACCACAGAAUAAUAUAGAAUUUUUAUUUUCUCAGGGUGAAAUGAAAGCUUUGGGUUCAGAUGCUUUAGAAUCUCAUUUUUAGGUGAAAAUAAAUAAGCAAUAAUUGGUCCAGCUACAGAUUCGGUGCAAAGUUGCAUUGAAAAAUUCCUGAUUCAUUUCUUUAUCCACAUGGUUUUAUUUUGUUUCUUCACAUUUAUUUUGCCCAGGCUUAUUGCACUGAAAAUGAUUUAAGUUUGCCUUUUAACAAGCAACUGUAUGCUUAUGUAUUUAAAGUACCACUGUAUAUAUCAUAAUAUUUUAUUAAAAUGAGGGAAAAAAUGGAAUGUAAAGAUAAAACAUUUGUCAUCUGUUUCCAUAUUUCAGUUUUCAGUUGAUGGCUGUAACAACACUAAUAUUGGCUUCACUUUAAAAUAACACUCAUAACUUAAAGACUUGCUUAACAAAUAAGUAUUUCUUUACAUUCAGAUAUCAAAACAGAUGAAUCAAGGUUUCAAGACAUUACAAGUAUUUGAAUGCACAUUAACUAAUGAUUUGUUAAGCAUUAUGGAAUGUUUGUUAAUAUUAAUAAUGAAAAUUACUGUAAGGUGUCACCCAGAUAUUCAACAUUUCAAUGAGGCAAACAGAAUCAUAAUAUUCAAAAAUCUGGAGUUACACAAACCCAAGUGAAAACCCAAGUUGUUUUCAAGGUCCACCCAUUUUUAUUUGUGUGCUUUAAUAAAAUAUC